CACUGGAGCAGCGGUGUAACAGAUCCCAGCUGCUGCCGUGGGGGGAAUCUGAGCUAUUCCGUCCCCCUUGGGUUGGUCACGUGUCCUUGGGGAGCGUUUAGUUUGGUGACCACGUCGGGAGAGAGAGGAAGCGCACCGUUGCGCACAGCCGAGUUGGACAGCAACAUCUUUUACACGCGCCACCGGUGGCGAAUCAACCAGAUCAGUAUUGUUUUGGGCGUUGCCAUAAACACUCCACAGUGGUGUGUGUGAUCCGUCAAGCACCGACACAGCGUGUGUGAUCUUCCAGUCACCGACUCGUCAAAACUUCUGCGCUUACAGUACCAACUGUGAGCUUCACUGCAAGCGUCACAUUGUUGCCAGCCACUGCUACAAGUCGACCUACGGAGCUGUCACGCCGAACCAAGCCCAGCGUCGUCCACAGUGGUGCUGCUCAUUGCUAACUAGGCUGCCUCCAAGCCCACAGGUAAUUGGCCAGCUUUUGUGGGAUUUGAUGUCACCUCUAGAUUGGUUCAACUGAAGAUGGAAACACUGGAGUCUGAGCUGACCUGCCCGAUCUGCCUGGAGUUGUUUGAAGAUCCUCUGCUUUUGCCCUGUGCCCACAGCCUGUGUUUCAACUGUGCUCACCGCAUCCUGGUGUCUCACUGCUCCACCAGCAAGCCCCUCGAGUCCAUAUCGGCCUUUCAGUGCCCCACCUGUCGUUACGUCAUCACGCUGAAUCACCGCGGACUGGAGGGCCUUAAGCGCAAUGUGACGCUGCAGAACAUCAUUGACCGCUUUCAAAAGGCCUCCCUUAGCGGCCCCAAUUCCCCCACUGAGAGCCGGCGCCUGCAGCCGCAGCGGCCCUACACCGCCACCAUUAGCGGUACAAUAGCUGGAACAAUUGGCGGCGGUGGUGGUGGCACAAGUGGAAGCAGCGCCCGCGGCAGCCCGGCCACUUCCAGCCACUCCCACCCGCACGCCAACCACACCAAUCACACCAACCACACCAACGCAAACCACAGCCCAGCUGUCGUUGCUAAAAUGGAUCCACGCAUCAGCUGCCAGUUCUGUGAGCAGGAUCCGCCGCGUGAGGCUGUCAAAACGUGUGUCACGUGUGAGGUAUCGUACUGCGACCGCUGCCUCCGCGCAACACACCCUAACAAGAAGCCGUUCACAAGCCACCGCCUUGUGGAGCCGGUGCCAGACACUCACAUCCGCGGCCUGACCUGCCUGGAGCACGAGAAUGAGAAGGUCAACAUGUACUGCUUGGUGGAUGACCAGCUCAUUUGUGCCCUCUGCAAGCUGGUGGGGCGCCACCGGGAACACCAGGUGUCCUCACUCACUGAACGCUUUGAUAAGCUCAAGGCUUAUCAGGUGAGCCCGGGCAGAGUGUCAGAUGCGGUAAUGGAGGCUUCAAAGACAAGCGCUGCGCAAACCCUGGAGAACAACCUGACCAACCUGGUGAAGAGAAACAGCGAACUGGAGAACCAAAUGGCAAAGCUGAUCCAGAUCUGUCAACAGGUUGAGGUGAACACAGCCAUGCAUGAAGCCAAGCUGGUGGAGGAGUGUGAUGAGCUAGUCGAGAUAAUACGCCAGAGAAAACAGGUCAUCGCUGUGAAGAUCAAAGAAUCUAAGGUGAUGAAACUGCGUAAGUUGGCUCAGCAGAUCGCAAACUGUCGCCAGUGUCUGGAGCGCUCUAGUGCCCUCAUCACACAAGCCGAACAGAGCCUGAAGGAGAACGACCACGCCCGCUUCCUCCAGACUGCUCGAAAUGUAGCAGAAAGGGUUGCCAUGGCGACGGCCUCCUCCCAGGUACUCAUCCCUGACAUCAACCUGAAUGAGGCGUUUGACAACUUUGCUUUGGACUUUUCCCGGGAGAAGAAGAUUCUGGAAGGACUAGAUUACCUAACAGCUCCCACCCCGCCAUCCAUAAGAGAGGAGCUGUGCACCGCAUCCCAUGACACCAUCACUGUUCACUGGACGUCAGAGGACGAGUUCAGCGUCACCUCCUACGAGCUGCAGUACACCAUCUACACCGGCCAAACAAAUUUCAUCAGUUUGUACAACUCGGCAGACAGCUGGAUGAUCGUACCCAACAUCAAGCAGAACCACUACACAGUGCACGGCUUGCAGAGUGGCACCCGUUAUAUCUUCUUUGUCAAGGCUAUCAACCAGGCAGGAAGCCGCAACAGCGAGCCAGCCCGCCUCAAAACCAACAGUCAGCCCUUUAAGUUAGACCCAAAGACAGCCCACAAGAAGCUGCGUCUGUCCAACGACUGUUUGACUAUGGAGAAAGAUGAGAGCUCGCUGAAGAAGAGCCACACUCCAGAACGCUUCAGCGGCACAGGCUCUUAUGGCGCAGCUGGUAAUGUCUUCAUUGACAGCGGGUGUCACUACUGGGAGGUGCUGCUUGGAGCGUCCACAUGGUAUGCCAUCGGCGUGGCUUACAAAUCAGCCCCGAAAAACGAAUGGAGCGGCAAGAACUCGUCCUCAUGGGUUUUCUCCCGCUGCAACAACAAUUUUAUGGUGCGCCAUGACGGCAAGGAGAUGCUGGUGGAGGCUAGCCUGCAGCUGAGGCGGCUGGGUGUCCUGCUGGACUACGACAACAAUUCACUGUCCUUCUAUGAUGCCAUGAACUCCCAGCACAUUCACACUUUUGAAAUCUCCUUCCUCCUGCCCGUUGUACCCACUUUCAUGAUCUGGAACAAGUCAGUCAUGAUACUCUCAGGGCUACCCGUCCCCGACUUUGUCGAUGGUUUGGCCUCAGAUCUUCAAGAGCAGCAACAGCAGCAGAUGGGCCUGUGCCGACAAGAGUCUCCAUACUUGACCGGAAUGAAGACCUGCCACUGAGAAAAGGCUCAACAAGGGCCUAGCAGAGUCCACUCGUGCCCAGUGACUGGUUGAUUGGGAGCUGAAAGACGUUGACAGUGUGACUGAGUUCUAUUCUCUUCAUUAAGCAAGGACCAGUUACUUUCUUAUGGAUUUAGAAAAUGUUGAAGAUAUGCACAGCAGUCUGGAAAAAUGUCUGUCCUGUUAGUUUGUAGCGAUCCAAUGCUUUGCAAAUCCAUCAAUGGGAACAAGGUCUCUUGACCGCAAACAUCAGUAGACCUAAAAUCAUCUGAUGUCCUAGCGUCACUCAGGGCAGGGCUGGGCAUCUGGUUUUAAUGACCAUUUAAGGUCUUCCUUUUUGAUUUAUCUUCCUCCUGAAAUGACCCUAGGCUGAAGACCAAGGAAGGAAUCUCAUCAGCCUUCUAGAGUUUGAAGUUACAACAUUUGAACAGUGAGAUUACAUCUCAGCUGUGGUAGAUU